UCUUCUUUUUUAUUGAAUUUUGUGCCCAUCAGACCAUCUACAAAGGAUUCAGGCAGCAUUAACAACAAAAUAACAAACAUCACAGAGAAUCAUAGAAAAGAAAUAGUUACAUCCAUCCCUGUCUUCCUUAUUAAACCAAAACCAUGAGAAAGCAGGUACCAUAAAUACAUAUUAUGUGUUUCCUUCCUUAAGAAAAGGAAGAAUGUGUUCCAUGAAAUGUUAGGAAGGAGAGAUCUUUUUUCCAAGUUGUUUCAAUUUUGCAUAAUUUGAUUUUAUGAUAAUUUGUAGCAGUUAAAACAUUUGUAAAUGAAUGUUUGCUUAUUUCAACUUAAAUAUUUUUCUUAUUUUAAUGAACUGCAAUAUAUGGUUUGUUUGUUUUUAUUUUAUAACUGUAUGAAUGCGUAUUCUAAUUUACAUACUUCUAUAUAUAUUCUGUAUAUAAAUAUUUCUAAUAUAUUUCUAAUUUUCUAUUUUAAUUACUUUGUUUCUUACCAUGUACUGUAGAAACAGUUUCUUUUCCCUGCAUAAUAAUACACAAGUGAAAUACAAUGAAAGGAAAGGCUGAGUAUUGUUGUUGGGGUUUUUUUUUCUUUUUUUUUCUACCUUGCAGUGUUCUCUCAAUUUGAUUUAAUUUACUCCAUCCUGGUUGCGUCCCAAAUCACCAUCACAUCCUGUUUCAGUGUCCCAAUUGGAUGUACCUUAUGAAAGCUGUCAUCACAUCUAGCUGGUAAAAUCUGAUUUCCUAAUGUUUGAUUUGAUUUACACAUCUGACCCUGCAGCAUAUCUUCCUAUAUGGUGUGUUGUUUUAUUUAUAAAUAAUUUUUAUUCGCUCGAAGAUUGUGAGUAAGAAGACACCAGCCUAAAUGAUUCACAAGGAGAAAAUGUAACAUGGUCUUCAAAUAAACAGCGUUUUUUGUUAACAGUUUUCUAAGCUUAGUUUUUGCUAAUCAUGGUUUAUGAAUGCGCUGCCAGAGUUUUCGUUUAUGCUCUCAAUCUUUUAUUUUACAAUCAGCAAGUUUACAUUCGUCAUUCUGGCAGAAAACUCUUGUGUACGUGGGGCUUAACAUUAGCGAAAACGAAGGUCAGAAAACUGUUAACAAAGAAUGCUGUUUAUUUAAAGACCAUGUUACAUUGUUGCCACUGAGUUCACUGUUUUCAAUUUCAGAGUGUUUUUCUUCUUUCUCAUUGUACAUUUUUAUUCAUUUCUUGAAAAGCUACGUUCAGUACUUUUUGCACAAAUUUAAUUCCAUAGGUUUAAUGCGGUAUUUUUUUAAACUCUGAAAUGGUGAAUAUUUAAUUUGUUAAAAUUUAAGUAAAGUACUAUGGUUUAAUUAUAUUAAAAAACAAGUAACAUUACAGUGAACCAUGUACUUAAGUACUAUAAAAAGAGUAUAUGUAGUUGUAUUGAUUACUUUUCAGCCCUGAUCAGGAUGAGCACAGGACAGUCUUUAUGAUUACAGCAGCAGUUCUUAAAUACAAAUCUACAGUAUCCAAGUGAAAUUAUACAUGGAAGCAAGGGCGAGACAUAAGCGUAAACUGGUUUUGGAGGUGCAAAUCUUUAUGGUAUCUAUGUGGGACCAUCCAGAACAGCACAAUGUGAGCUCCAGAUAAAGGAAUGAAACAGGAGAAGCGCAUCAGGAUGAAUCAGCCAUUCUCAUAAUAACCUCAUAAUUGGUGACAUCUGACAUUUUAAACACUAAAAUUUAAAUUCCUACUCAGAAAUUCUGGAUGGUGUCCACUACCUAUAGUUCAACAAAUAACUUCAUAUAAACAGUUUAAAAUGAGAUUGUAGUAAUAUUUCAACAUACAACAGCAGUUCUUAGGUACAAAUCUACAGCAUCCAGGUGAACUUAUCCACUGAGCCCUGUGAACUGAUGUAAAGGAAAAACAUGCAUCUCACAUUUUUUAAAAUGUGCAAUUCUUGCAAGCUGCUGUGAUUUCUAAUUAAGCGUUUAAAUAGUAAGGUUCUUGCAAUGAAAACAUUGUCUUCCUCUCUCUCUAAAGUGUGAUGGGGGGAGAGGCAGGAAGACAGGGAAGAGUUGAUAGUUGCGUUUAAGGAUUAGAGUUCAUGUUAAUCAUUGAUCAGAGGUCCUCCUUCCUGGCAUCAGCGAGCUUUUGAGUGUGUGUAUAUGUGAGUAAGACAGAGAAAGAGAGAGAGAGAGAGAGUCAUAGGGUAGUAGGCAGGUAAAGAACUCAGAUGUCCUCUUCCCAUCUACGAUACAGCUCAUUUUUCUUCUCGUCCAGGAUGAGUCCUGGUUCUGGUUCUGACCCGGUAUCAUUUGCUUCUGUGUUUUUUUAAAGAUGACCCGUGUCCUCUUUCUGUCCUUCCUCCUCAUGACAACAGGAGUCUGGGACAUAGCACAGUGUUCAUCAGGUGACGGAAAGAGCUUAUGGUACGAGUCACUGAACCAAAGCGAGUUCUUGUCUGGAACAUUCCCUAAGGGAUUCCUCUGGGGUGUUGGAACUGCAGCAUUUCCAACUGAAGGAUCAUGGGAUCAGGAUGGGAAAGGACUAUCUAUCUGGGACCACUUUACUCACCGCACUGUUGGAACAGGGAACAACAUGAGCACCGUGACAGCAGACACAGCCAGCGGCAGUUACACACUCUGGGAAAAGGACAUUGAAUCACUUCGGUACCUUGGAGUCAAAUUUUACUCUUUCUCGAUAUCAUGGCCACGUAUUUUCCCAGACGGCAAUGCCACAGGACAACCAAAUCUUGCUGCGGUGGAUCAUUAUCGGCGCCUGAUUGGCCGGUUAAAAGCACUUGAUUUGGAGCCUGUAGUGACUCUGUUUCACUGGGACUUGCCCCAAACCCUACAGGAGGAAUUGGGAGGCUGGAGGAACGUGAAAUUGGUGAAGAUUUUCGCUGAAUAUGCUACAUUUUGUUUUAAAACAUUUGGCCAAGAUGUGCGAUACUGGAUCACUAUACACAACCCACUCCUGAUCGCAUUUCUGGGCUACGGGACGGGGAUUCAUGCGCCAGGGGUGUCCGGCGACCCUGCUGACCCUUUCAUCGUCGCACACAACCUCAUCAGGGCUCACGCUACAGCCUGGCACGUUUACAACAAGCACUUCCGUCCCCAUCAGCAUGGCCAAAUCUCCAUCACACUCGGCUCAUAUUGGGUGGAGCCUUUCAAAGCCCAGGCUACACCAGCAAAUGUGGAGAUGUGUCAGAAGUCUGUAGAGGCUGUGAUAGGCUGGUUUGCGGAACCUAUUCAUGGAGAUGGGGACUAUCCAUGGUCUCUACGUUCCUCCCACUUGGGCCUGGUCCCAAAUUUUACACCAGAGGAAAAGCUUUCGGUGCGUGGCACCGCUGAUUUUUUCUCGCUGGCGUUUGGGCCUGAUUCAGUACGCGCAGGAAGAGUUUUGGCCCGUUUCGGCCAGACAGGGGCACUGAACCUAAGAAAAAUUCUUGGCUGGAUCCAGAAGGAGUAUGAGGACCCUCCAGUGCUGGUGGCAGAGAGCAGUUGGUUCUCUGACGCCUCUGUGGGAGUGGAAGACACGGUGGCCAUUUACCUCAUGAAGAGAUUUAUUAACCAGGUGCUUCAAGCGGUGGUCGUGGACCAGGUGAAGGUCUUUGGCUACACAGCCUGGUCUCUGGUGGAUGGGUUUGAGUGGAAUAGCGGCUACAGCAUAAGAAGAGGACUAUUCUACAUCGACUUCAACCACCCUGAGCGCAACAGAGUCCCGAAAUCAUCAGCGCAGUACUACAGACAGAUCGUCAAGGACAACGGCUUUCUUAAUGAUGAGACAGAGCGAGACAUUGAUGGCCAUUUUCCCUGCAAUUUCCAGUUUGGAGUAGCAGACUUUAUCUUGCAGGUCCAUCUACAGCCAUUUUCACCUCAGUUCACUGAUCCUGUGCUGUAUCGCUGGAACUUCAGCGGCGAUGGAUCCCUCCAUCCUGUCUCAGGAGUAACUCUUCGCACCCGUGGCUCCCAGUGCACCGACUUCCUCGCUAUUCAACAUCACAUCCGCCUCCUAGAAGUCACAGGGUCAUCGCAUUACAGAUUUGCCCUGGAUUGGCCCCGGCUUUUCCCCAAUGGUGACAUCCUGUCUGUGGAUGCAGUAACAGUGCAAUAUUACCACUGCAUGCUAACUGAGCUCCAGAAAAAGGGUAUCGGUGUAGCUGUUACACUCUACCACCCCAGCCUCAGGUCACACACACUGGGCUUACCAAGGUUGCUGCAUGCCCAAGGUGGAUGGAUGAAUACAAAUACAAGUGAUGCCUUUGUUGAAUAUGCCACAUAUUGCUUUCAAAGGUUUGGGCCACUUGUGGAUGUCUGGAUCACUGUUAAUGAACCAAAUCGUCUGACAGAAGCGUAUAAUGUGAGUGUAGAAGAAAGAGAUUGGGUAGUGCGUAACGUGUUGAUGGCACAUGCUCGUGCAUGGAAUAUCUACCACACACAUUUCCGUCAACACCAGGGGGCGACGAUAAGUUUUGCACUCCAUGCUGAUUGGGUGGAACCGGCCAAUCCCUUUGUAGACUCUCACGCCAGUGCUGUCCAACACUUCCUGUUCUUUGAACUUGGACGUUUCCUUGAUCCUAUUCUACAGGACAUAGACUAUACUGAUACAAAUAGCUGCCAUGACUGCUUCCGUAUGCCACACUUUUCUGAUGAGGAGAGGUCUGAGCUUAAAGGGGCCCUGGAUUUUAUUGCACUCAAUCACUUCACAACUCGUCUGGUUUACCCAAAAUUGAGACAAGACCUCGAACAUAGUUCAUCUAUCCGUGAUUAUGGUUGCUCGUUCAUGACAGAUCCAACAUGGGUGUCCUCUAAUAAGGGCCAAGCUCUUGUGCCCUGGGGGCUCCGUAGAGUCCUGAUGUGGAUGAAGAAUCGCUAUGGUAACAGUCAUCCUGUCAUUAUCACAGCCACGGGAAUUGAUGACCAGGCAUCCCAUAAUGACCAACUGAGGCAGCGAUACAUAAAGAGCUACAUGCAGGAAGCACUGAAGGCUCGUGAGCUUGAUGGAGUAGAUGUGCGUGGUUUUUAUGUCUGGAAGCUGCAAGACCAUCAUGCUCCAGAUUUCGGAUUCUUCCUCUCCUCACAUCAUCGCUCCCGACCUAAAGCCUCUGUCUCCACUUACCGCCAGCUCAUUUCUCAGCGUGGCUUUCCUGCCAUUUCAGACCCUGUGGCCUCACCUUGCGAGCCAAGCGUGAGCCAAGCGGAGUGUUGGAUCUGUGAGAACAAACCACUGCUUUUCUUUGGCGUAUGUGUCACGAUCAGUGUGUCUAUGCUGGCCGGCAUCAUGGUUAUUGGUGUGAUAAGGAGGAGCAGGAGGAAGAGGAGGAUGAAGACGAGGAAGAGGAAGGUGAACCAAGCCAUGAGACGGGUGGUUUACAGACACUGAAGACCUUUCUCUAUUGGUCACUACUUAGCAAGAAGAAGUGCACACCUUCUUCCCUGUCACUCACAGAUGGAGUUUAGCAACAACAAAGAAAAUUCAACUGCCAUCAUUUAGCUUAAAUGUAACUAAUCAGUCAAUUUUGAUGUGUGAAAUUAGCUUCUGGAGCCAGUAAUAAUACAAUGUCAUCUAGAAGAAGAUGUGUUCCAUUUGGAGUCUGGUUUCUCUCAAAAUUUCUUUGUUCCUCAUGUUGUCUCAGGGAGUUUACCCUUGCCACUGUCACCUCUAGCUUGCGCAUUAGACAUCCUGAUUUAUGUAAAGCUGCUUUGUGACAGUGUCUAUUGUUUUGUGAUAAUGUCUGUUUAAUUGAGUUGAACUGUACAAAAUUGAAGAGAGGAAAAUUUCCUGCAUUCAUAGUCACCAGAAUGACUUAAAAACAGAUUUACUAAUGAAUGUGUAAUGGGUUAAUGCUGAAUUUAAAAAAAAAAUCUCUGUUUAGUAGUUGUAUCUCAGAUGUUCUGUCUUAGUGACUUGUAACUUGAAUGCACAACGUUCUGUCGGGCCUCUUUGGUCGACAGCUUCAGUUAAUGUCAAAGAUAAAUAAUGCUCCUGACAUUUCCACAAUCUGCAUUUACUUAUGUUAUAUUAUUUGUUUGUUGCUGUCCUCAUAAGUGAUAAGAGCAUGGCUGGCAAAACCUCAAAAGAUUUUUAGAUGUAUGUAAAAACAAAAAAAUGGUUUUUAAUCCAUCAACACAUUUGAUUUGUUAAUAGUACUGAGG